AUGGCGACAGAGACAGUCAUCUAUGUGUCUUUAGCCUUAGUUCUAUUGACCAGGAUAUACGUUUUUAUUAAUCCACCAGAAUUUCUUGAGGAACAUAAAGACCGACGAUAUCAUGAAUAUCAUCUCUACCGACAAUACCACCUUCACAAACAAUGUGAUAAGCAUGAUCCUCCACAACUACAGCGACAGCAAAUUCAAACCGAAGAUGUAAAUAACUCUAGACCAUUACUAUCGCAGCAACAUUCAUCCAGCAUAAGUGAUCAAUCAUUAGAUAACCUACAUCAUCCUUCAGAAGAGCUUGUGUUAUUGAGUAAGAAAUUGGGUAGUACCCGUUCUCUCUCUCUCCCUGAACUUUCUAUGGGAGCGCUAUCAAGGUUGGAUCCCACCACUGCGUCUUCACCGCUUCAUCUGAAUUCUACAACUUCCUAUUCUGCUACCACAACACCUCUCUCGCCCCGUGAGAGCGAGCGUCAUAUCUGGAGUCAAAUCCUUGGAGCAGUCUCAAGUGCUAAUAAUGGUGGUAGUGGUAGCGUUACUAGUCUUAUGAACGAAGCACUUCCAGUACCCAACUACAUCUCACUUGAUAUUUCAGAAAUUCAUUACAAUGGAUCGCUUGAAAAGUUUGAUGAUGAUAUCGAGGUACAAGAGUCAAUCCGAGAAUUGAAGGCUGGUCAAAGGGAAAUGACCAAAGAAUGCCCUACAAUGACGAUGGUUUGGGAAGGGGGUCGGUGGUGUUGCCUUGAGGGACGCACCUUGUACAUAUUAAAGGCGAUGGAAUGGAAAGGUCAAGUUCGAGUUCGGGUGUUGGUCGAUAAAGAUCCGAUGAUGUUGGCAGUAACCGAAGAUUAUUGGAGAGCAGCAGGCAUGAUGACGACUUCGGCUUUGAAGCCCCUGAUCACAACGACUGCGGCAUCACUCUCUUCUUCUUCAUCAUCAUCAAUAACACCAACAUCCUCCUGUCUUUCACCGAUUUCUCCUAUUACGCCCUUAUCGACAACAUGGGGAACGACAUUAAACUCCUCUACGACACCAGCAGAGAGCAGUCAUAUCCAAACCGCGGCAGCAGCUGCAAAUACGGAUGCUAUGAUUCUAGGGCUGUCAUUAAAUGAAAAGGAAUCCAUGGACUCGACGAUACUGAUAGGAACUGAUGAGAAAACUUCUAUUGCAUCCCCAUUCCAUGUUGAAUCAUUGACAGCUCAGUGUAAUAAUUUUCUUCUGAAAUCAUCAGAUGGGCACGUUGCAGACGAUGAAAGAAGUCGAAGACUCGAUGAUAGCGAUGAUAAUGGCGAUGAUCAUGAGGAAGACAAAGAGGAGGAAUAUGUAGGAAGUGAUGGUUAUCUUGAAGAUGAUGAAGGAGCUGAGGAAGACGAAGACGAAGACGACAAUGAUGUGACACGGAAUCUAAGUGAGCUUAAAAUGUAUCCCAAGGAAGGAAGGUUGAAUACAGUACGACCCACAACCCUGAAAAAUGAAACCCGGAAUAAGACUUUAGGCUUGACAGUGGUAUCGCCUUCAUCACCAGCUCUUGCACCACUUAAUGGCAGUGGACAUGGUAUUUACAACGGCGGUGGCGAUAGCAACAGCUACUUUAGUAGUAGAUACACCCAUCCUAUUACAGAAUUGACCAAGCCAUUGUUAUCAUCAUCACAACAAAAGCAUCGACGUCGUCUUCAUGAGCGACGGAUAUCAAUUCCAGAAUUCAUGUUGCCACCGCCAUUGAAGGAUGAACGAGCCUAUCUGAUCAUUGAUCCAUCCUCUUCCUCUUCUUCGUCGCCGUCCGUUGCCACAGCCGCUACUGCUCCUGAAAAUUCAUUCCGACGAGAUAGCGGACAUGGUGAUAGCCCGCUGUAA